UCCAAGCGGCUAACCGUAUGGGCCGACGACGAGAAUGAAUAACGUGCUGUGCAGAUUGUGCUUAAUGAAGUGUGAAGAAUUGCUGGGAAUGUACAUCACCUCACCGAACGGUGUACUGCGUAGUCUGCCGAAAAUUAUACGGGAAUGCAUUUCCCUCGAGAUAACCGAUCUUGAGCCGAACUUUGUCUCCAAGUUCAUCUGCAAUGAGUGUAUCUACAAGCUGGAGCUGUUUUACGCCUUUCGGCAACAGAGUCUCAAAAGCCAGGAGUAUUACAAUGGACUAAUACAAUACUAUCAGCAAUCAGUGCCUUGCUCGAGUAAAGUAUCGCUAGAUCCGACGACGGCUGAAGCAGUACAUGUGUCGGGAUCGGUUGACAGUGUGUUCGAACCAGAACAGUCGGUACAUUCGAACAAUGAACUGGCCGACAUCAACUUUUCCGGCAAUGAGUUUAUGAUGGAUGAAUCGGAAAAGCAUCAGCUUAGUAAGGAUUAUGAUGAUAUUAUCCGCAACCUGCAAAAGGACGACCUUUUUAAGGAUGAUUUUACAACGAACGACGAUGAACUAGUGAUUAAACCUGAAUUAGGCAUCUCAAUACCGACGAAUGGCAACAGAAUAAGCAAGCAAGUUACACUUCAGCAAGAAUGCUCAGCCUAUAUGCAGCAGAGUAAUGGUGUCCCGAUAAAUAUUGUACAACCUACCGAUCCCAGUGCAAACGGAUGUUUUAACCCAUACAGUACAAUGACCGUGACAUGUGAUAAGGACUUAAUUAACAGCAGCACGCUUUCCGCAGUGGAUCAGGACGAUGAUCUUAAUUAUGAUGAUUUUGUAGGCAUUCAGACGACACCGUUGGAGGAGGAUAAUCGUGAAAUGUCUUUAUCUGAAGUCCACGUACAAGAUAUAAUAGCGGAUGUAUACAAUGCUGCGACUGAAAAGAUCAACCAACCGACGGAUGCAAUUACUUCGGCCCAACAAAUCGCUGGCGUACAUCAGUGCGAUGAUAUAUCGGCCCUUCAACCGAAUGACUCGUACUUUUCUAUGGUUGAUUUUAACGAGCCAGCACUCGCCAGCAGCAGCAGUGGCACGACCUGUGUGAAUGGUACAACCGAUUUAGCGAACGAUAAAACGUGUGAAAUUUGCUUCAAAACGUUCCGUACCAGACAGAAGCUUACGAUCCACCGCAACACCCAUCUACGGUUAGCACCGUUCAAGUGUACGUUUGACGGAUGCACGAAAGCGUUCAAAUCACGCAUCGGUCUCGAUGAGCAUGUGGCCCGCCACACGAACAGCUUCGAGUUUACCUGUGAUAUCUGUUCGAAGGGAUUCCAACACCGUAGCUAUCUUUCCGCCCAUCGGCGAGCACACAAUACGGAUCGGAACUUUCAAUGUGCACUGUGUGACCAAUCGUUCAAAUCGAAGCAAGCGUUACUGGAUCAUAAAAAUCGUCGACAUCUGGGUGUGAAACCGUUUGCCUGCGAGCUGUGUGAUAAGCAGUUUACGAAAAAUUCUCAGCUGCGAGAACAUAUUGACCAGCAGCACAGUGGUAAGCAGGACGGUGGGAGGAGCAUCGUGCGCCAUCCGUGCCAGGAGUGUGGCAAACAGUUUACCUCUAAAAGCUACCUGAACGUGCAUCUGCGAAUACAUCGGAAUGAGCGACCGUUCGUGUGCGAGGUUUGUGACAAAGGGCACAUCACGCGCAAAGAUCUCGCCGUGCACAUGACAAGCCACACGGGUGAGAAACCGCUCAGCUGUGACAUCUGUGGCAAGACGUAUGCGCGUCGUAACGCAUUAGACUGUCAUCGCCGUACGCACACCAAGGAACGUCCGUACAUCUGUGAUAUCUGUGGUCAAUCGUUUUCCCAGGCCACACCGUUACGGGUACAUCGGAAACUACACGAGACUGUCGGUCACAAAAAGCAAAUAACGAUCGAAACACAAAAGCCGUUGGCCAGUGAGAUGUCGCCCGAUCAGAACCGAUAA